AUGGUUUCUCGACGAGAUUACGAGCACAUCCUGUGUCAUAUUUUGGGCUUACGAAAUUUGUAUGACGACCCGCUGUCGCGAGCCAUCUGGUUGCGAGGCGUUGUGUUGAAAGCAAAUAAUUCGCACACGCGUGGCGUUCGUCCAGUCAAAAGUGACUCAUACCAGGAUCAGACGCAAGUCAAACUUUUUUAG